AUGGGCUUUAACGCUAUCCACUACGCUGUCUCUGACGCUGCUGCCGGUGCCCCAGGUGCUGCUGGUGCUGCUGGUGCCUCUGUCGCUACUGCUGCUGCUUCUGCUGCUGGUGGUGCUGGCGACGCUGCUGCCUCUGACCUUCCUGCUGUUGGAGGCGCUGCCACUGAAGGCGCUGGCGCCGCCGCCUCUGAUGCUGGUGCUGCCGCCUCUGGCGCUACUGGUGCUGCUGCUGACGCUGCUUCUCAGGCUACUACUGCUGCUGCCUCGUUGCUUGGGGCCUCUGGUGCUGCUGCCUCUGGUGCUGCUGCUGCUACUCUGGCAGGUGCUUCUGGUGCUUCUGGCGCCGCUGAGGCAGGUGCCUCUGGUGCUUCUGCCGCCACUGAAGCCGCUGGUUCGGGUGCUGCUGCUGCCUCUGGCGCUGGCGCCUCUGCUACAUCGGGUGCCGCUGGCGCUGCUGCUUCUGGCGCUAGUGCUGCUGAGUCUGGCGCUGCCUCUGGUGCCUCGGACGCUGCUGGCGGCAUUGCCACUCUUUCUGACUCUGAGGCCUCGGGCUCUGCUUCUGAAUCUGGCGGUGCCUCUGCCUCUGAAUCUGGCGGUGCCUCUGCCUCUGAAUCCGGCUCGGGCUCCGGCUCGGGCUCCAGCGGUUCUGCUUCGGCCUCUGGCUCUGGUUCCAAGUCUGGCUCGAGUGCUUCUGGCUCUUCUUCUGGUUCUGGUUCUAGCUCUUCGGGCUCUGGCUCAGGCAGCCCUGACUCUGGUGCUGCCGCUAUGUUCGAGCAGGGCUCGUGGAAGAAGGGUGCCGCCGUGAUGGCCAUUGUCGGCUUCUCUUUCGUUUUCAACUUGUAA